AUGGCGUACACCAUCCCCACCACCAUCACAAACCUCAGCGACGGCGCCUGGAAGCAGCUCGCCUUCCCCCCCCUCAAGAAUGACCUCCUCCUCCGCGCCGCCCGUGGCGAGGAGACUGAGCGCGCUCCUGUCUGGGUCAUGAGGCAGGCUGGAAGAUACUUGCCUGAAUUCAUGGCCGUCCGCAAAGACCACUCCUUCUUCGAAUGCUGCCAAACCCCCGAACUCGCCUCCAAACUCACCCUCCAGCCUAUCGACCGUUAUCCCAACCUCGACGCCUCCAUCAUCUUUUGUGAUAUCCUCGUCGUCCCCCAGGCCCUCGGUCUCGAGGUGCUUAUGGAGCCUUCCAAGGGCCCUGUCCUUCCGGCGCCGCUCGUCACCCCGAAAGACUUUGAGCGCUUGAACAAGGAUGUGGACGUUCAAAAAGAACUCGGGUACCUCUUUGAGGCCAUCACCCUUACCCGAAAAGGUCUCGACGGCCGAGUACCGCUCAUUGGGUUCUGUGGGGCGCCGUGGACGCUUAUGGCGUAUAUGUGUGAGGGCGGAGGGAGCAAGACGUUUGAGAAGAGUAAGAGCUGGUUGUACAAGUAUCCCGAGGAGACGAAGGAGUUGUUGAUGAGGGUUGCGGAUGUUUGUGCGGAUCUUUUGGUUGGGCAGGUGCUUGCUGGUGCUCAGAUGCUCCAAGUAUUCGACUCCUGGGCCGGCGAGCUGACCCCUUACCACUUCAAGACAUUCGCCCUCCCCCCCCUCUUGCACAUCUCCCACAAAGUCAAGCACGUCCUCUCCACCCUCGGCCACCCCGGCGUACCCAUCACCCUCUUCGCCAAGGGUGCCAACGCCCCUUCUACCUACCGUCUUUUGGCGGACCCUGCUGUCACGGGGUAUGACACGUUAGGGCUGGACUGGACAGUCGACCCUGUGGAGAUCCGUCAACUCGUCGGACAGAAAGUCAACCUCCAAGGCAACUUUGACCCCACCGUCCUGUACGGUGGCAGAGAGGGCAUAGAGAAGGAAGUGGAGAGGCAGAGUGGGAGGUGGUUGGAAGCUGGGGGAGGGUGGAUUGCGAAUUUGGGGCAUGGGAUUACGCCGGGGGUGAAGACGGAGGAUAUGGGGUGGUUUUUGGAGUGUGUGCACAAGUAUUCGAAGAGGGCGUAA